GAGGUGAAAGUUGGUAUCCUGGGUGACUCACCUUGACGCGUCGCUGCCUCCUCAUCCUCCCUGUGCACGGAAAUAAUCGUGCCACCGCCGGGUGUCACAUUUUACGCAUGGCGUCCGUCAAAAGGAAUGGGAGCCCGGCGCAGCGCCACCUCGGAGCACCCUGCUCCUAUUUAGAGGUGGGAAUGCUCCCAUCUGCCCCCCCUGCCCGCACACCUGCUCCUCUCCGUCUGCCCCAGUGUGACAGACCGGCCGGUCCUCCUCCUCCUGCUCCUGCCUUCCACCCCGGAGCUCCGUACCCGUGUCCGAGCCGUGCGCUCUGCCUCUGGCCGUGUGUUGUGGAUCUGCUCUCUGGGUGUCUCUCCGCUUCUGCCGGUGGAUCUAACCUACUUGUUUGGUUCAGUCACCCUCCUGGUCAUUAACUUUUUUUUUUUUUGUCUUUACACCCGGUGCCCUGUCAUCGAUGGCGGAGGGAGUGCGCCCCGAGGACUACUGCGAUGAGCCGGCGGAGGAUGAGUUUGGGGAGAUCAUCAAGUGUCGAUCAGAUGAAAGAGAGGACGUUCAGAAAAAGACUUUCACAAAAUGGGUAAACUCACAAUUGUCUAAGACAGGGAAACCACCUGUGGAGGAUCUGUUCUCAGACCUGUGUGAUGGACGACGCCUGCUGGAGCUGCUGGAGGGGCUGGCAGGACAUGAGCUGGUGAGGUUGGAGAGAGGAUUUACACGCGUUCACUCACUCAACAAUGUCAACCGUGCUCUGCAGAUCUUGCAAAAGAACAAUGUUGAACUGGUGAACAUCGGAGCGGCAGACAUCGUUGAUGGGAAUCACAAACUGAUUCUCGGGCUCAUCUGGAGCAUCAUUCUCCACUGGCAGGUAAAGGAUGUGAUGAAGGAUGUGAUGGCGGGCCUACAGCAGACCAACAGUGAGAAGAUUCUGCUGAGCUGGGUUCGUCAGAACACGCGCCAGUAUCCUCAGGUCAACGUGGUUAACUUCUCCAGCAGCUGGAAUGAUGGAUUGGCCUUCAAUGCCCUCAUCCACAGCCACAGACCUGAGCUGUUUGAUUGGAGCUCGGUGGAGGCGAAGACGUCAGCGAUCGACAGACUGGAACACGCCUUUAGUAAGGCGGAGCAACACCUGAGGAUAGACAGACUGCUGGACCCAGAGGAUGUGGCGGUGCCCCAACCAGACAAGAAGAGCGUCAUCAUGUACGUGACGUCGCUUUUCCAGGUGUUUCCCCAAAGCGUUUCCAUGGAGGCAAUCAAGGAGGUGGAGACUCUGCCGAGGCCGGGGACAGCGGCCAGCAUCAGCCGGACGACAGCGGGGGAGCACUACCAGAUCCAGACCCAGCAGCGCUUCUCUCAGCAGUUCCUGACGCCCAGCCAGGAGGAGCUGCAGCGGGGCCUCAGUCCCCUACCUCCAGGCUCCACCAGCCUGGAGAGCUACCAAGCUGCACUGGAGGAGGUGCUGACAUGGCUGCUGUCGGCUGAAGAUGGACUUCAGGCCCAGCCUUCGAUCUCCAGCCAUGUGGAGGAAGUGAAGGAGCAGUUUCACACACAUGAGGGGUACAUGGUGGAGCUGACCACCCACCAGGGCAGCGUGGGGCGGGUGCUCCGGGCUGGCGCCGCCCUGCUGUCGGAGGGUAAUCUGAGCGACGACGAGGACUCGGAGGUCAGGGAGCAGAUGAACCUCUUGAACUCGCGGUGGGAGCACCUGAGAGUGGCGAGCAUGGAGAGACAGACCAGACUCCACGAGGUCCUGAUGGACCUACAGCACCAGCAGCUGCAGCAGCUCACGGAUUGGUUGGACGUGACAGAGGCACGGAUUAAGAGGAUGGGGGCUCAGCCUCUCGGCCCUGACCUGGAAGAUGUCAAGCACCAGGUGGAAGAGCACAAGCUUCUGCAGGAGGACCUGGAGCUGGAGCAGGUGAGGGUGAACUCACUCACCCACAUGGUGGUGGUGGUGGACGAGAGCAGUGGAGACAGUGCCACCGCGGCCUUGGAGAGCAAACUUCAGGUGCUUGGUGAUCGUUGGGCAGCCAUUUGUAAAUGGACAGAAGAACGCUGGAUUCUGCUUCAAGAGAUUUUACUGAAAUGGCAGCACUUCACCAAUGAACAGUGUUUAUUUGACUCCUGGUUGACUCAGAAGGAGGAGCUGGUCAGCUCCAUCAAGACCUCCAACCUUAAGGACCAGGCAGAGAUGGUGGCUUGCCUACGCCGUCUUGCUCUGGUGAAGGCAGACCUGGAGGUGAAGCGUCCCACCAUGGACAAGCUGUGCUCUAUGAGUCAGGACCUGCUGUCCAGUGUAAAGAACAAGGAUGUAGCCAACAAACUGGAAGCCAGACUGGACAGCUUCGCCCAGCGCUGGGACCGACUGGUCCAGAGUCUGGAGAUGAGCAGCUCCCAGCUGUCAUCGGCUGUCAGUGUGGCCCAGCAGUCCGAGCUGACCCACACCGUCACGACGACCGUUACCAAGGUGACAACAAGUGGGAAGGUGUCCGCUGUCCGCCAGACACGAGAGUCGCCGCCACCACAGAAGAAGCGACAGGUCGUGGUCGACUCUGAACUCAGGAAAAGGUUUGAUGUGGACUUCACAGAGGUCCACAGCUACAUGACCCGUGGAGAGGCCAUCCUCCAGAGCCCUGAGUUCUCAGUGUCACGAAAGGAGGGCAGCAUUCAGGACCUGUAUGACAAAGUGCAGGCGAUAGAAAGAGAGCGGCCAGAGAAGUACCGUAAGCUCCAGGAGGCAACACGCACCGCGCAGACCCUGGUUGAGCAGGAGGGAAGUCGUGCUGAUGACAUUGCCCAGGCAGCGGAGCAGCUGAACCAGCGCUGGGUGGGAUUCUGUGCCCUGUUGGCAGACAGGCUGGCAUGGCUGGCUUACCAGACAAAGGUGCUGUCCUUCUACAGCCUGUAUGAGCAGUGUGAGCAGGCAGUGGAAAUCAGCGAGAACUGGCUCAAAGUCCAGGCGCCUCCAGCAUCUGAACCAGAGCCACUGAAAGUACAACUGGACCGAUGUCGAGAGGAGGUGGCUCGCCUGGCCUCCCUGCAGCCUCAGGUGGACCUGUUAGAGAAGCAGCUGAAGGAGCUGAAAGAAGAAAAGGAAGGGGAGGAGGACCCUUCUGUUUUCCUGGACGCUGACAUCAGUGCCUUCAAAGAGCACUACCAAGAAGUCCUGGAGAACCUGAGGGCCAGAGAGAGGCAGCUACAACUGGUUUUGGAGAGCUUGCCCCCGGCUCGUUAUAAGGAAACCAUAUCAGCGCUGUUGGCAUGGUUACAACAGUGCGAGGCCAAGCUGGCCAUCCCAUCCACGGCCGUUACAGAGCAUCCUAUUAUGGAACAAAGACUGAAGGAUGUUCAGGCCCUCCAGGUGGCUCUGACUGAACACCAGGGGGAGGUGGACUACCUGACCUCAACUGUGGAGCAGGUCUUCCAGAAAGCUCCGGCAGACAUCAGCCAGAAGUAUCGCAUAGAGAUGGACGCCAUCAUGGCACGUUGGAGACGACUCGGCACCAUGCUGGCAGACAACGUGCAGAGAAUCCAGGAGCUCAUGGCCAAACUGAUUCAGUUUGAGAAUGAUGUAAAGACUUUAAAGAAGUGGAUGGCAGAUGUGGACGUCUUCCUGAACGAGGAAUGGCCCGCGCUGGGAGACUCUGAAGCUCUGGAGAAACAGUUAGAGCAGUGCACAGCUCUGGUGAAUGACAUCCACACCAUCCAACCCAGCCUCAAUGGCAUCAAUGAAGUGGGUCUGUACCUGAAGAAAGAGGCCGAGCCGCCGUUCGCCAUCCACAUCCAGAAGGAGCUGGAUGAGCUCAACGCCCAGUGGGAGAACGUCUGCAAACAGGCCUAUGCUAAGAAGUCCGCACUGAAAGGAGGCCUCGAUAAAACAAUGGCUCUGAGGAAGGAGAUGCAGGAGAUGCAGGAGUGGAUCAACCAGGCCGAGGAAGACUACCUGGAGAGAGACUUCACAUACAAGACCCCCGAAGAGCUCCGCAAGGCUGUUGAGGAGCUCAAGAGGGCUCAGGAGGAGGUCCACUCCAAGGAGCUAAAGGUGAAACUCCUCACCGACAGCGUGAACAGUUUCAUCGCCAAGGCCCCACCCACAGCCCACGAUGCCCUGCGCUCUGAGCUGGACGUGCUGACAGCCAACUACCAGCGCCUGUGUAGCCGCCUGGAUGGGAAAUGUAAAACUCUGGAGGAGGUGUGGGCAUGCUGGUGUGAGUUGCUCUCCUACCUGGAGCAGGAAAACGCCUUCCUGGACCAGCUGGAGCAGAAACUAGAUGAGACAGACAACCUGCAGGGAGCAGAGGAGCUGCAGGAGGCGCUGGAUAGCCUGGAUGUCCUUUUGCGUCACCCAGAGGACAACAGGAACCAGAUCCGAGAGUUGGCCCAGACCCUGAUGGACGGAGGUGUCCUGGAUGAACUGAUACAACAAAAACUGGAUGCGUUCAACACACGAUGGGACGAACUUAUGGCCAGGGCGCUGCUGCGACAGAAGGAGCUGGAGAAAAGUGUCCAGUGGGCUCAGGAGAAUGACAAGACCCUCAGGCAGCUUCAGGAGUCGCUUGCUAACACAGACCGCCACCUCAGCUCGUACCUGACUGACCACAUUGACGCCCAGCAGAUCCCACAGGAGGCUCAGGACUGUGAGGAAGGUGCAGUGAAGGAGUUACUGUUGAAAGGAGAGAAUCUACAGAAGAGAGUCCCAGAUCAGGACAAGAGAGAGCAGAUCAGAGUGAAACACAACCAGCUCAACAGCAAGUACAACACCGUCAAGGACCUGCGUUUACUGAGGAACAGGAAAGCGCUGGCUAUUGCGCCUCAGUGGUACCAGUACAGGAGGAAAUCACAUGACCUGCUGGCCUGGCUGGACGACAUCCAACGCAGCGUGGACCAACUGCCCGACCCCCCCGAGGGAGAGAGGGUCAAGGAAAUUGGCUCAGAGUUCGACAAGAAGAAGGAGGAGCUUAAGGAUGUGCAGGGCUUAGCCAAUCAGCUCUCAGAAGCUGGUGCCGCCAAUCUAGUGGAACCCCGCCAGCUCCAGCUCAACAAGCGUUGGGUUGAGGUGGAGGGCAAGUUCAUACCCUUCAAAAGACAAUGUGAGUACAUAACAGGGCUGCAGGCGCUGCUGCGUUCUGUGUCGGAGACGGACUUCAAGCUGAACUCUCCUGAAUACUGGCCUGCAGCAUAUUAUAACCUGCCUCAGCAAGAGCACUGCCUGAAGGAGGGGAAGGAGAGCAUUGACCAGCUGCGGGGCCCAGUGGAGGGAGCGUUGGCCCAAAGAGAGGGAAUGGUAUUGAGUGCACGGCCUCUGGAGGGUCAGAGGAUCCAGGAGACAGCCACUCUCCUCAGCACCAACUGGGACAAACUGAACAAGCUCUACCAGGACCGACUGAAACGUUGGCAGGACUGCAACUCCAAGUGGCAGAAGUUUGUUUCAGAUCAGAAGGCGCUGGAGGAGUGGCUGAAUGACGCUGAGAGCACUUUGAAACUGGCUGAGACUGAUCCCACAGCACACAGACAGAAUCUCAGGGACCUGACAGAGGCCAUACCUCUCCAGGAAGUGGUGCUGGGCAGAGUGAACUCCGCAGGAGAGGACAUCAGCCAGUUGAGCACACCAGAUGAUGCCUUGCGGCUCCAGACACAGCUCAAAUUACUCAACACUCGCUGGGUUAACGCCUGCCAGCAGCUCAAUGAGCACAAGAGGAGGUCUUCAGAGGCACGUACAGCGGCUGCAGCACUACAGGAGGACAUGGGCUCAGUGCUGGGCUGGUUGGACAAGGCCGAGGGCGUCCUGGCCAUCCCUCUGCAGCCUGCAGAGCCACAGCACAUCAGAGACACUCUGAGCAAAGUCCAGGCUCGCGUGGAGGAGCUUCCUGCCAAGAAGGCGGCAGUGGAGGAUCUGAACUCCAGGAACAAACUGAAAACACUUCCUGCUGACAAACACAAAGACAUCAGGAUCAUCAACAACCGCUGGGCUCAGGUUUCCAGGGCUCUGCCCGAGCGUCAGCUGGAGAUUGAGGGUCUCCUGAGGGAGCUGGAGAUGCUUCAGGGUCAGCUGGACGACCUGUCAGCCUGGGCAUCCAGCACGAGAGCCAAGCUCGAGCACAGCCCUGAGGAGCCACCUCCCAGGAUCAUCGAGGAGGUGCAAGUUAAGCAACCAGAAGUGGAAGUCGUUUUGACGCGAGCUGAUCAAAUGUACAGGGACACUCCGCCCAGCCAGCCAGACAAGAUGAAGUAUGCCAAGCUGAGAGAAGACUGGACAGUGAUCCUGGAGCUGCUGCGGCAGCAUAAAGAGAGAAUGGCUGCCCUCCUGGUGGCCAAAAAAGCCACUGAAUCUCUGACAACAAGUUCCCAGCCUGACUCUGCGGCGCUGGCUCAGUUCAACAAGUCCUGGGCUGAGCUCACUGAUUGGCUGACCAUGCUGGAUAACAUGGUGCAGAACAAGAGAGUGGUGGUGGCUGACCUGGACGACAUCAGCGAUAACAUCGGCCUGCUCAAGGACUCUCUGGGGGAGCUGGACCAGAAGCGUCCCCUCCUGGAGAGACAAGUCACAGCAGCCCAGAACCUGAAGAACAAAACCAGCAAUCAGGAGACGCGCAACGCUAUCACUGAACGCAUUGACAGGCUUCAGACUCACUGGGAGGACUCGCAGACCAAACUCUCAGAUCGGACGAAGCAGCUUCACAACAUGCUGCAGGACUCCACCGAUUGGCUGGAUGCAAAGAAGGGGGCGGAUCAUCACAUCAUGCGGGCCAGUGAGAGGCUAGAGUCCUGGCAGGAGAUCACUUACACAGUGGACGCACUGAAGAAGCAGAAUGCUGAACUGAAGUUCUUUGUGAAGGAGCUGCAGCAGUCGCAGGGUCAGGUGGAUAAAACCAACGCACUGGCUGACAAACUGCUGACACUGUACGCCAAUGAUGACACGCACAAGGUCACUCAGGUCAACGAUAACAUGAUGGCUACCUGGACACAUAUCAACAAACGGGUUUCAGACAGGGAGUCUGCUCUGGAGGCAGCUCUGAAGGUGCUGCAGCAAUUCUACCUCGACCUGGAGAAGUUCCUCAACUGGCUGACGGAGGCUGAGACGACCUGCAACGUGUUGAUCGACGCCACCAACAAGCAGAGACUGCAGGAGCAGCCUGACGCAGCCAGGAACCUGCUGGCACAAUGGAGGGACCUCCAGACAGAGAUCGACAGCCACACAGAGCUGUACCACUCCCUGGAUGAGAAUGGCCAAAGGAUUCUUACCUCGCUCGAUGACUCGGCGGACACUGCUCUGCUCCAGAAACGUUUGGACAACAUGAGCCAGCGCUGGAAUGACCUGUGCAACAAGACCCUCAGCAUGAGGGCCCACCUGGACUCAGAGAUGGCCCCGUGGAAGAGGCUCCACAUGUCCUUGCAGGAGCUCCUGAACUGGCUGAGGCUUAAAAGUCAACAGUUGGCGCAGGAGCCGCCUGUGGGGGGCGAUGUCCCCGCUGUGCAGUCGCAGCUGGACACACACCGGGGAUUCAGGAGGGACCUGAGAGCUAAGGAGCCAGUUGUGACCAAGAGUCUGGACGAUGUAGGAGUCUUUCUGUCAGAACUGCCCCGAGGCGGCACACCAUCACCUGAUCAGAGAGAUAUCAGCCCUGAAGAGCGUGCGCACAAUGUGGGGCGAAUCCUGCGCAAGGAAGCCGAUGACGUGGUGAUGAAGUGGGACCAGCUCAACGCUCACUCGGCUGACUGGCAGAGGAGGUUGGAGCUGGCUCUGGAUCGGCUCAUGGAACUCCAGGAGGCAGAGGACUUGUUGGACGGACAGCUGAGGCAGGCGGAGAUGGUGAAGGAGGCAUGGGAACCUGUGGGUGACCUGCUGAUCGACUCUCUACCGGAGCACAUCGAAAGAGUAAAGGAGUUCCAGGAAGAGAUUGCUCCGAUUAAAGAUGAUGUAACUCACAUGAACCAGCUGGCGUCCACUUUCGGCCCGCAUGACAUCCAGCUGUCGCCCAACAACCUGGAACGCAUCGAAGAACUCAACACGCGCUGGAGACUGCUCCAGAUCUCCAUCAGUGAACAUCUAAAGCAGCUGACGGACGCUCACCGCGACUUCGGCCUUCUGCACGGGUCAGUAGAGAGCCCCUUCGAGCAGGGCGUCUCCCCCAACAACGUGCCCUACUACAUCAACCACCAGACCCAGACAACAUGCUGGGACCAUCCCAAGAUGGCCGAGCUCUACCAGUCUCUGGCCGACUUGAACAAUGUUCGAUUCUCAGCCUACAGAACAGCCAUGAAGCUCAGGCGCCUGCAGAAGGCCCUCUGCUUGGACCUGGUGAGCAUGCCUGUGGUGUGCGAGGUGCUCGACCAGCACGGCCUGAAGCAGAACGAGCAGCUGCUGGACAUUUCCCAGCUGGUCACCUGUCUGACCAGCCUGUACCAGCGGCUGGAGCAGAGCCACUCACACCUUGUCAAUGUCCCGCUGUGCGUCGACAUGUGUCUCAACUGGCUGCUCAAUGUCUAUGACACUGGUCGCACCGGAAAGAUCCGGACUCUGUCAUUCAAAACUGGAAUCAUCUCACUCUGCAAGGCUCACCUGGAAGAUAAAUACAGAUUCUUGUUCAGACAGGUUGCCAGUGCGACCGGUUUCUGUGACCAGCGUCGCCUGGGCCUCCUCCUCCACGACUCCAUCCAAAUCCCCCGGCAGCUCGGAGAGGUCGCCUCCUUCGGCGGCUCUAACAUCGAGCCCUCCGUCCGCAGCUGCUUCCAGUUUGCCAACAACAAACCAGAGCUAGAGGCAGCCAUGUUCCUCGACUGGAUGCGUCUGGAGCCCCAGUCCAUGGUGUGGUUACCCGUCCUGCACCGCGUGGCUGCGGCUGAGACGGCCAAGCACCAGGCCAAGUGUAACAUCUGCAAGGAGUGUCCCAUCAUAGGAUUCAGAUAUCGGAGUCUGAAACAUUUCAACUAUGACAUUUGCCAAAGCUGCUUCUUUUCUGGUCGCGUUGCCAAGGGCCACAAGAUGCAGUAUCCCAUGGUCGAGUACUGCACUCCGACGACAUCAGGGGAGGAUGUCAGGGACUUUGCCAAGGUGCUGAAGAACAAGUUCAGGACCAAGCGCUACUUUGCGAAACACCCACGCAUGGGCUACCUGCCUGUCCAGACAAUCCUGGAGGGAGACAACAUGGAGACUCCUGUCACUCUGAUCAACUUCUGGCCCGUAGACCAUGCGCCCGGAUCGUCCCCUCAGCUCUCACAUGACGACACGCACACUCGGAUUGAGCACUACGCCAGCCGGUUAGCAGAAAUGGAGAAUCGUAAUGGCUCUUAUCUGAAUGACAGUAUCUCACCCAAUGAAAGCAUCGAUGACGAGCACAUGUUGAUCCAGCACUACUGCCACUCUCUGAACCAAGGCUCUCCUCUCAGCCAGCCCCGCAGCCCCGCCCAGAUCCUCAUCUCCAUGGAAACAGAGGAGAAGGGAGAGCUGGAAAGGGUCCUCAAUGACCUGGAGCAGGAGAACAGGUCAACGGAUUCCAAGGUGAACGGCACAGCUCUGUCUUCUCCCUCCACCUCAUCUCAGCGUUCAGACUCCUCCCUCCCUCUGCUCCGUGUGGCAGCCAGCCAGACUACUGAUACAAUGGGUGACGAUGAGCUGUCCAGCCCAUCCCAAGAUGCAUCUGGGCUGGAGGAAGUGAUGGAGCAGCUCAACAGUUCCUUCCCUCAUAGCCAGGGUCCCAGCAUCGGCAGUUUGUUCCACAUGGCCGACGACCUGGGCCGCGCCAUGGAGUCACUGGUCAACGUGAUGACGGACGAGCAGAGCGCCGAACAGCACGAGGCCCUGCCCUACUGAUCCCCCCUUCCCCCCUCCUUCCCUAUAGCAUGCUUUUCUAGUCAAAACAACUGGAUUGGAAACACAGUUUACAAAGAGAAUAUAUAACGUCUAUUUUUGUGAAGGAUUGCGGUUCCAACGAUGCGUUUAAAAAAAGAAAAAAAAGAAAAACAUUAUAACUUGUAGAUUUCAGUAGUUUCUUAAACGUCCUGAAGUUGUUUUAUUAAUAACAGAGGCUGGUUUUUAAACUUCUAUGCAACUGUAUAAAACCGGGGGGGAGGCCGGGGGUCGGAUGAGAUACAAAUAAGUGUGUUCAGUGUGGUCAUAUAUUUGUCAUCUCUUUGUAAUUGGGGAAAAAAAGCUAAAAGCAUUUCAGACAUUUGUAUCAAAAGAGAAUGAUUGUAAUCAUAAGGGUGCUUUCAAAGAGGAAACUGUCUUUCAACAACAGUGUACACUACUGUCAAGGUAAUGCAGGCGUCCUGGGUCUUUACAGUACGUUGUCUGUGAGCCUGUGUGUGUGUGUUUAUGUAUGGAUGUGUGUGUGUGUGUGUGUGUGUUUGUUUGUGGUGCCUAAUUUCCACAUUACAUUACAGCUUUUUUUUUUUUUGCUUUGGCUUACAAACCUCAUAUUAUAUUUUCUUUUUCUUUCAUCCAUCCACUCAUCUGUCCAUUCAUCCAUCCAUCUUUUCAUCUUCCCUUUUUCUGAGCAUCUCCAUGGCAACAGGAUUUAUCUUUGUAUUUGUUUUUUUUGGCACAGUGUACCGUGUGCAUACGCAGAUGUUGUAAAGGCCUGAGUCAGAACUGAGAUAAGUCAGCGAGGUCGCUUCCAACGCACUCGGUGAGUUUGUGGCCACUACUACACUUCACUGUGGAGCUGCGUCUUUAAGAGCAGGUCAAAGACUUUAUAUAACGAUGGACGACAUGGCAGCUCCCAAAAGUGAAGCAAAAACAUCUUCAACACCAAAUAUAUUUUUCCUAAAGAUUGUUUCUGUCCCUGAAGCAAGUUUGAUUGUUAUUCAUUAUUUGAUGCUAUAACAAUAGUGUGAAAAGUCAUGAUCACUACUGCACAGACCCUGGCACCAAAAUGGCAGCGCCCGGAUAGGAAAUAUUCUGGCUUUAUUUUUGUACAGUGUGAGGAAGUGUAGACGUGUCGUCCAUCUUCGUGUACAAACACAGACACACCUCAGUCCUGCUGACGUGUUCAAGCUAUUUCACUGAUUGACAGUGUGUGGCAGUAAUGUGCCACAUAAAGCUGCACUGAGUUCAUGUUACUGUCCCUGACACACAUGGUUAUUCCUUCUUCUCCCUGGUUACAGAUAUGUGCAGAGUAAAAACAAAAUCCGCCAACGAGACCGACCAGAACCCAAAUAUCAUUUCAGAGGUUUUCUGGCGACAGGCUCAGGUCAGGAACCCACACUCCAUUACACAGCUCGUGUCUUCGGUCUCUUUCUUUCUCUGACACCUCAGAAGUCGAGGUAGAGACGAGGCAGCCUUCUAUUCUGGGAGGAGCCAACGUGGCCAUCGUUUGAUCAGUAGCUUUGUCGGAGAAUCAGUGUUUGAAUGAAUGAAACGAUGAGGAUUUUUAAAUCUUCAGUUCUGCACAGGGCUCUACAGACUCCUUCAGGAUGAACUUGUAUUUUUUUAAGAAAGAUACCCCGACUAUUGCACUGGUACAUAUUACUGUACAAGGAUCUUUUGUAGGGCCUGUUGCGUGCACACUGUACACUGUGUAUUGGUUUAUAAGUUGGCAGCUUCUCCCUGUCAGAGUCACUGUGUAAGAGGACGUGGGAUGAAUGUUGUGUCAGCUGAAUCUGAGCGCUGCGGGUCUCUGCUGGUUGAAGCUGAGAGUAUUUCUGAGGAAAAGUUAAUUUUGAACAUUUUGAUUUCAACAACAAAAGAAGCCCAGUAACAUAAGCUCUACCUCGUGUAAAUUGUUUAAGUCUAGUUCAGAGGCAAUUUCUCUACUGUACUCAAUCCUGCACUCUUCUCAGAUUGUUAAUUAUGAUUUGAUUAUUGCCGGCCGAUGGAUUGAUUCAGGUCCGAUGUCCUUAUAGCUCCUAACUGCGCUGUAGGAUCCUCCAGUCUGAAUGUUUGAAUGCAUUCGCUGCAUUUCUCGGUUUUUCUAAUAUUCAAGUAUUGAAACAUUUCAAAUCAAAGUAAUCCAUGUGCACUACUGUCAAACCUGGGAUAUACUAGAUAUUUGUUUUCUGUGUGCGGAGGAUCCAUUUAUUCUAGUUGUGUUACAGUGAAACAUUUUGUCUUUGGUUAAACAUUUUAGUUUUGUGCCGUGUGAGGUGUUACCAUAUUAGCAUGUGUGACUAAACGAACUCCAUCCUUAUUUAACGUGUAACCACUCAGAGAAGUCCUGGCAUUAAAAACACACGUGUGUUUCCGACAUCAUAUUCUUGCAGCAUGAUCCCAGAGGUUUUACUUUUUGGUCCAGACACUGAAUUUGAUUUUGUUUGUCUUUCUUUUUUUCUUUUUUUUCAUUUUUAACAUUUGUUUCAUUUUCACAUGAUUUUUCAAAUAACGCAUCAGUUCUUCACAACAUAUCAGAUUCCACCAAAUAUAUGCCUUACUACUGUAUUAUAAAAUGCUUUACUGUAUAUCAAUAAAGCACGCAGUUAUGUUGACUUCA